CGGUUUCUGCGCCUGCCUCCCACGCACCCAGCCCGUGCUCACCUGCCUUCCCAGGGAUGUGGAGCCCUCCUGGGAAGGGGAGGGCUGCGCUCAAGCCUUGGCGAGGUGGUUUUGGAAGGUCACUCUGGCGCGCGGCUCCCGCAGUUAUCUACUCCUCCCUCCCCUUUCCAACUUCGGAAUGGAGAUGAGUUUGCUAGGCACUUGGAUGGCCUGAGGAGAUUUGCUGUCUGGCGCCCAUGGCUGUCUUUAGUGGGCUCUGGGGCCCCGUCACCAGUGCAAGCAGAGCCUUCAGCCAGCGCUGUUUCAGCACCACUGGGAGCCUCUGUGCAAUUCAGAAGAUGACUCGGGUGCGAGUGGUCGACAACAGCGCCCUGGGGAACACCCCAUACCAUCGCCCUCCUCGGUGCAUCCACGUCUAUAACAAGAAUGGGGUGGGCAAGGUGGGUGACCGGAUACUGCUGGCCAUCAGGGGACAGAAGAAAAAGGCGCUCAUUGUGGGACAUCGCAUGCCUGGCCCCCGAAUGACCCCCAGGUUUGACUCUAACAAUGUCGUCCUCAUUGAGGACAAUGGGAAUCCUGUGGGGACCCGAAUUAAAGUACCCAUCCCCAGCAGCCUGCGCCAGAAGGAAGGAGAAUAUUCCAAGGUGCUGGCCAUCGCUCAGAACUUUGUGUGAACAGAGCCCAGGCCUUUGGCCACAGGGGCCGUGUGGAUAGAGCAGCUCCGAGAGCUGCACCUUGGCUGAGAGGAGCCACCUGCCAUGUGGCUGCUGUGCGGGGUCACAGUGUUCCGUGAGAGAAUAAACAUUUUCAUGUA